AUGGCUGGAAUUGUAAAAAAUGUGAUCGCGACAGGCACCUCCUCGGGCCUGGGAUUCGAAGCAAUUAAACAAUUGUUGCAGCAGACUCAGCCUCAUAAAUUCAUUCUGGGCGCCCGAGACACAGCCAAGGCAAGGGCCGCAUACGAUGACUUGAAGUUUGACUCUUCGAAGCACAGUGUAUCUAUUUUGCCUCUUGAUCUUCUGAACUUGAAAAGCGUUCGGUCAUUUGCGACCCAAGCUCUCACUGAGCUCGGCCAGAACAAGCUAGAUCUGUUGUUCCUUGUUGCCGGCUCCCUGAACAGUGCCGAGGGACCCGGUCCUCGUGGAUCACAGUGGUGCGAAUCUUAUGUCACCAACCACCUGUCUCAGCAUUAUUUGACACAUCAGCUCGCUGAAAAAUUGGCUGCCUCCAAGUCUCGUGUUGUGGUUGUUUCUUCGGGUGCAAUCCGCGGAGUUAGGGGAAACGACCCCAGCACUCUUGAUAUCGAUCUAAAGGCCAAUUCCGGCGCAAAUGCCAGAGUAGUGUACAGCGCAUCUAAAUUUGCUCAACUGUUGGGCGCACACUGGUGGCGUCGCAAUCUCCCAACCUGCAAGGUGGUAGCCGUAUCUCCUGGCCUCAUCCCUGACACUAAGCUUGCCAAGCAUCCUAGCUUGGGGUUGUCCAUGGAUAUGCCUGACGCUAAGACCGUGCCUGAGGGUGCCGAGAACAUUCUUCGCGCGGUCACGGCCGAGGAUAUCCCCGCUGAUCCCGAGCAGAUCUUUUUGACUAGCUGGGGCGAAUGGUGGCCCAAGUCAGUCUACGAAACAAGCCUCGACACUGCGCUGCAGGAUAAAUGGUGCCCGAGUAAGGAGGAGAUUGAAAGCACCGAGCCGAUCUUCCAAGAGUAG